AUGAGCAGUCAGAAUAUAGCAAUCACGAAAAAGACAAAGAUGUCUGAUUUAAUAAAUUAUCGAAUUCGAAUAAUCACAAUCGAUAACAGGACAUAUAUUGGCACAUUAUUAGCAUUUGAUUCCCAUCUUAAUUUGGUUAUUUCUGACACUAUAGAAUCAAGGAUUACUAAAAAGUCAUGGGCGAAUUUGAAAAAGAAUAACAGUGCGGGUGCCACCAGUGGUACUAGCAAAGAUGUGGUAUUAGACAAGCGAAAUCUUGGCUUGAUUAUAUUACGAGGAGACCAAAUUAUUAGUUUGUCUAUUGAAAGUUCACCAGUUGUUCCUGUGAGUUCUCGAGUUAGUGGUGCUAAAGGUAAGGGAACAACACGACCUUUGAAAACACCAGUGAGCGUCAAGGGUAAACUCAAGAAAAUAGCAUAG